AAAUGUUUGUGAAACUCGUCGUGAACGUAUUCUCGACAAAUUGCGCACAAGGUGGCCAUUAUGCACGAGAUUCUUUCACCUUCCUGGUCUGUGAUGCCAUGAUCGAUUCGCUUGUGGACGUCAUAGCUAGGAUUAGUAACGCAUGACAUCACAUGAAUCCUACAAAUUCAUAUUCAUGCUUCUCAAUUCUCAUGCACUUCGCCCCACAAAAAAGCAAACACAUAAAGACAUGCUUUUCAUGUAAUGUACAAAAAAGAGAACCACUGCAGCUACGCAUAGACCACUUUUCCUAACAACUCUAACACAGCUCAGAAUACAAUAAUAGAAUUUACUGUUACUAAUGCCGUUAUAACCACAGAAUGUAACAUUGCAGCUACUCCUAUUAAUUUAUUCAUCACUUGGUUCUUACUUCUCUUACCAAACUCUCACUUUUUUCUCAAAAAAAAAAAAAAAAAAAAACUCACUUUUAAGUUUCUGUUCUCUUCUUCAUCAUCAUCUUCUUCUUUUUGCUUUUUCAAAUGGAGUCAACCAACAAUGAAGUAGCCCAUGAAUUCCGCUUCUUCCGGGUCUACAAAGAUGGCCGAGUUGAAAAAUUUGAAUGGACUCAAAACCAAAAGAUCCCACCUUCCGAUGAUCCAAUCACUGGGGUCCAAUCCAAAGACGUAGUUAUUUCAACUGAGCCCUCCAUCUCUGCCCGAAUUUUCUUACCCAAGAUCCAUGACCCGACCCAGAAACUCCCUUUACUCUUCUACAUCCAUGGUGGUGGCUUUUGCUUUGAGUCUGCCUUCUCUUCACUUUACCAUAACCACCUCAUCUCAUUGGCUUCUAAAGCCAAUGCCAUAGCAGUCUCAAUUGAAUAUGGGCUUUUUCCAGAGCGACCCAUACCCGCUUGUUACGAGGACUCAUGGGCAGGGCUCCAAUGGGUCGCAUCUCACGUUAAUAGAAAUGGGUCGGAGUCAUGGUUGAACAAGUACGCAGAUUUUAACCGGGUCUUCAUUGGUGGGGAUAGUGGUGGAGGGAAUGUUUCUCAUACUUUGGCAGUUCGGGUCGGGUCAAUUGGGUUACCGGGUAUUAAGGUUGUCGGGGUGAUUUUGGUGCAUCCAUUCUUUGGUGGUAUGGAGGAUGAUCAAAUGUGGUUGUACAUGUGUCCAACAAAUGGUGGGUUAGAGGAUCCUAGGUUGAAGCCUCCACAGGAGGAUUUGGCCAAGCUUGGGUGUGAAAGGGUUUUGAUAAUUUUUGCUGAGAAGGACCAUUUAAGAGGUGUGGGUGAGUGUUACUAUAAGGAGUUAAAGAAGAGUGGGUGGGUUGGAACUGUGGAGGCUGUGGAGCAUGAAGGAGAGGGUCAUAUAUUCCAUUUGAUGAAGCCAGAUUGUGAGAAGGCUGUUGAUUUGGUCAACAAGUUCGCUUCCUUUAUCAACCGGCAAGAGUGAUUUUAGUACUUUUUCCAUGUGAGAAUUGUGUACUUUGGAUUUGUUGUGUUACUUGUGUAUGGGAUAUUAGGAAUUUCCAUUUUGUAAUCGGGUUAUUACUUAUUAGUGUUUCAGUGUUUCAUUUUGGAAGUAUGGGAAGGCAUGAUAAGUGAUUUUGUAGCAAAAACUCACAAGUAUUGUUGCAAGCUA